AUGGGUUGUGUUUUUCGAAUUGACAAAAUUGAAGAAAAUCAACAAGAGAAACUAUGGUAUGUGCAUUUAACUUUAAACGAAGAAGUAAAUCAACGUUUGAGUGCUGUGAUCGAUUAUCUCAAAAAGGAAGUGGAUAAUGAAUCAACUUUAAUGAUUCUCGGUCGUUUUCUUGGUGACAUGGGUGAUUUAUACCGUUCUGAACGGUACUUUCGAUUACUUCUCAACAAGUUACCUUCCAACCAUCCUGAUUUCGGUACUGUAUUGAAUAAUUUAGGUAUUAUUGCACAUAAACAAAAGCAAUAUGAGGAAGCUAUUUAUUUUUUCCGACGAGCUCUGGAAAUAUUACCUGAUGAUCAUGGAGAUCAAGCAUGUGCAUAUACAAAUCUGGGUGCUAGUUACCAAGCAAUACGCGAAGAUGAUCAAGCACUAGCUGCUUAUGAAAAAGCAUUAGCAGUCAAUUUAUUUCCAUCAGAUAAGGGAAUAGUGUAUAAUAAUAUGGGUUCGAUCUACAGCCGUCGUCGCCAGUUUGAUAAAUCUAUCAAGUAUCAUCUGUUAUCUCUAGAUCUGAAAUCUCCAAACGACCCAGAAUUAGUUGCUACGUACAGCAAUCUGGCUGUGACCUAUGCAGAUAUAAAAUAUCCAGAGACCUCAUUAUAUUAUUGUCAAAAAGCGAUUCACGCAAUAAAAAUUUUACCAACGGAUAAUAUUCGCAUUGGAAUGGUUCACUUUACAUUGGGCUAUAUUAAAGCCGCAAUGGAGCAACAUUCAGAGGCGAUCAAACAUUUUUCCGAUGCACUUGAAGCCGAUCGACAAAUGACACCGAGUUUUAUUGUAACUCAAGCAAUUAUCAAAACUCUACACGAACAAGGCCGUUCUCACGUAGAACUUGGACAAAAUACGUUAGCAAUUGACUGUUUUAAGGAGAUUUUGUCUUUAGUAUCGAAUAAUGAUAAUUGUCAAAGUGAAAUAGCUCUAGCUUAUCAUAGUCUCGGUGAAAUAUAUGAAACUGAAAGAAAAUUUCGCCGUGCGCUUGAAUCAUAUCAUACGGCAUUGAAUAUUUGGAUGUUUGCACUCAAACACAAUUUGAACGUCGAUCGACAUAUUAUUGCACAACUUCUGAAUGACAUUGCAGAAGUUCAUGACAAGAAGAAGCGUUAUGUGUUUGCAUUAUGGUACUACGCUCAAGCAAUCAAAUUUGCUGAAGGAAACAAUACUCUAGUCCAAGAAUACCGAAGCAGUUUUCAAGCUGUGGCAGAGAGAGCAGAAAAUAUUGUUCGAAAAAUCUUAAAUGUACAUGUAAUUGAAUUGGAAUAA